AGAAAACAAGAAGAUAUGCGACCAUGAAGCGAAUGCUUAGUCUCAGAGAUGAGAGACUCCCCUUCCUCUUACAGUUACUUGCUGUCAAAGUGUAUGUUGAUAUUAGCAUCACAGGCACAAAACUGGAUUGCUUUGAUGCCUUGAAGGAUAAAAGAGAAAGGAAAGACGUUGGACUGGAACUUGAGGUGAUAGGGAUUGAGCCCAGAGCUUCAUACGUACAUCCGGUGCUCUACUGCUGAGUGACGUCCCCAGAAGCUGGAACUUCCCGAUGAAAUUUUCACUAUAUCAUUUUUCCUCUUCUCCGGAUUUACUUUUUUACAGUAAAGAAAAGGAUAGAUUAAAGCCUAAAAAGAAAGAGAAGAAAGAUCCCAGUGCGCUGAAGGAAAGAGAAGUCCCCCAACAUCCUUCCUGCUUAUUCUUCCAGUACAAUACACAGCUGGGUCCACCGUACCACAUCCUUGUUGAUACCAACUUCAUCAACUUUUCCAUCAAAGCCAAACUCGACUUAGUGCAGUCGAUGAUGGACUGUCUGUACGCCAAGUGUAUCCCUUGUAUAACUGAUUGUGUGAUGGCUGAAAUUGAGAAAUUGGGCCAGAAGUACCGAGUGGCACUGAGAAUCGCCAAGGAUCCACGAUUUGACCGACUUCCGUGCACACACAAAGGAACCUAUGCUGAUGACUGCUUGGUACAGAGAGUCACUCAGCACAAGUGCUACAUUGUGGCUACAGUUGAUCGGGACCUCAAACGAAGAAUCCGGAAGAUCCCUGGAGUUCCUAUCAUGUACAUUUCUAACCAUAGGUACAACAUUGAAAGGAUGCCAGACGAUUACGGAGCUCCUCGGUUCUAAUUCUUCCCUGACCACAUUCACCUGCGUUUCUUUACCAGAUUUCUCUGUCAGUUAAUUAAACACACUUUUUGUUGUUGUUGUUGUUUUUUUAUCAUAUUUUGUCUCAGUUUUAAAAAUAGCUGCAUCUUUAAAAAAUUAUAUUAUUAAAAUGUGUAUAUGUA